AUGGAGUGGUCAGCGACGCUGCGGUCGUGGCCUGCAGCAAAGAAAGCGGCUGCAGAGGAAGGAGACGAUGGUACACGGCGAGGAAGAAGUGGCGGUGGCACACAUGCACAGAAUCAGGCACAGGCACAAGCAAGACCGCGUGGCGUGCAAGGGCUGGCGGGGUCACACCGCUUGUUUCCCCAAAACCCUGCACGGCAUGGCUCCACCACAACCACAACCACAACCGCCACGCUGCGAACAGCCUCCAACAACAACAGCAGCACAUCAGCAGCAGCCACGAGCAACGCGUUACAAGCAAAGGCAGCUGGGAGGAUUGGAAAGCCUCAGCAGCACACCGCCAAAGCACCCAGCAUUGCCGGAAGAGCACUGCCAAAACGACGUGAUGCUGGUGAAGACAGCCACAAUGUUGAAGAGGAAGGACACGAGGAAGAUGCAAACGGCCCACUCCUUCGCUCUGGGACAGCCACCUUUGUCGACUUGUGUCCCGGGGAUAAGCGACGCGUCGCUCGGCUUAUUGCAGAACUGGCAGAACUCAAUCAAAACCGGCAAGAGAUGGUCAAGACACACGAGACAACCGUUGCUGACCUUCAAGAACAGAACAGCGCACUCCUCGAACACAACCAACACCUGGAACAGGAGCUUGAGAUGCUGCGAGACCGACUUCAAGCCACCGAACAACAGUGCACAGUCCUCACAAAGGCGGUCAACGACAGACGGGCAGAGGAUGAGGCAAAGGUCAUGGUUGAUGCGAGCACGCAAUACCAGGGGUUUGAGGACACGGGAAUACAGUGCGAACUUGUGCAAUCCCAAACCGAGGCAAGGACCAAAGGGGCACAGGAACAUGCGACAGAAACGCAGCAGCAGCAGCAGCAGCAGCAACACCCUAUUCGGCAGUCCAAACGAGCAAACACAGCACGCGCAGCUCCUGGAGCCAGAACGAGUGGUGGCUUCAACAACACUGACAACCACGACGAGGAGGAGGAGGAGGAGGAGGAGGAGGAGGAGGAGGAGGAAGAACAAGAGGACGGGUCUGGGGAGGAUAAGGUGGAAGGCGAAGAGGAGGAGGAGGGAGAGAAACAUGCUCGUGAUGAUGACGAUACCGACGUGUGGACAAGUGAGCCUCGAGCUGCCGACACCCACCACGUGCCAACGCUGCCAACGCUGCCACCAGAACUGUCACACCACAACCUGUGGGUGCGCUACUUGCGUGAACAAUCUGUGCCACCUCAGCCAACACAAGCCAGCCACGAACACCUUCCGUCAACGUCAACAUUUGUCACAGGGCCGCCGCCGCCAACCAUGGCGCACGCACCAAACACACCAACAGCACUUCGGUACGGCGAUCAGCAGCACGAGACAGCGCCACACCAGCAAGCAAUGCAUCCCCACCACUCCUAUCACUCACAACACCAGCACAACCAGCAUCACCAGCAGUCGCAGCCACGAAAUCCGCAAGACGGUGAGCCGGAGUCUGUGGUCAUGGUGAGCCCACUUCGACUUUCCGCGCUGGAAACCACGGUUGUGUCAGAACAUGAACAAGCGAGCAUGAGGGGGCGAUGGCAGUUUGCUUCCCGCGCUCGCCACCCGCCUGAGGCUGGGGAGAGUCUCGCCUCGUCUGUGAACUCCACCGGUGCACUGCAUGGCGGUCACCAUCCUGCCGGGACAGUGACACAGGCACACGACACCCAUCACCAGCAGCGGCAGCAGCAAUCGCAGCACUCGCUCGGCGUUGCACGUUCACUCCACUACUCCGUCCCAGCACCACACGCACGAAGAGGAAGUAGAAGAGGAAGCACGGGGAGAACAGGCGCAGGCGAAGGAUCGCAACCCCCAUCUGCAACACUAGCGGCAUCGGCCCCACGCGUAGCGAGACGUGACACAUUUGCCGAUGACGACAGACCCAUCACAAACUUGGCUGACCUUGUUCGGUUUGCAGAGACCCAACUCACCAGACAGGACCAGUGAACUGCUGGAUGGACAGCGAGCAUGUCAUGGCAUGAUGAGACUUGGCG